GCUGCGGUGGAACCGGCGGACAUGGCGGCGGCGCGGCUGGCCGCGGCCCUGCUGCUGCUCGCGGCCCAGGUGGCCUGUGAGUUCGGCCUGCUGCGCGUGGUCUCCCAGAAUGGUGGCAUCCGGGGCAAGGACUAUUGCAUCCUCUACAACCCGCAGUGGGCCCACCUGCCGCGCGACCUCAGCAAAGUGUCUCUUUUGAAGCUUCGAGACUUAAGCUCAACUCAGCUGUGCUCCUACCUUGACCUUCCUGUGGAAGACCUCACCAACCAGAUUGCGCUGGUGGCCCGGGGCAACUGUACCUUCUACGAGAAAGUGCGGCUGGCUCAGGGCAGUGGGGCGCAUGCGCUGCUGAUUGUCAGCAAGGAGAAGCUGGUCCCUCCAGGAGGCAACAAGACACAAUAUGAGGAGAUAAGCAUCCCCGUGGCCCUGCUUAGUCACAGGGACCUGCGAGACAUCUUCAGGCGCUUCGGCCGAGCGGUGAUGGUGGCACUGUAUGCGCCGGGCGAGCCAGCGAUGGACUACAACAUGGUUAUCAUCUUCAUCAUGGCCGUGGGCACCGUCGCCCUCGGUGGCUACUGGGCUGGCAGCCGCGAUGUGAAGAAGUACAUGAAGCAUAAACGAGACGAUGGGCCUGAAAAGCAGGAGGACGAGGCGGUGGACGUGACGCCCGUCAUGAUCUGCGUGUUUGUCGUCAUGUGUUGCGUCAUGCUGGUGCUGCUCUACUACUUCUACGACCACCUGGUCUAUGUGAUCAUCGGCAUCUUUUGUUUGGCUUCCUCCACCGGUCUCUACAGCUGCUUGGCACCCUGUGUGCGCAAGCUGCCCUUCUGCACCUGCAGGGUCCCCAACAACAACUUGCCGUACUUCCACAAGCGCCCCCAGGCCCGCAUGCUGCUGCUGGCACUCUUCUGUGUCACUGUCACCGUUGUGUGGGGUAUCUUCCGCAAUGAGGACCAGUGGGCCUGGGUCCUGCAGGACAUCCUGGGCAUCGCCUUCUGCCUGUACAUGCUGAAGACCAUCCGCCUGCCCACCUUCAAGGCCUGCACGCUGCUGCUGCUGGUGCUCUUCAUCUACGAUGUCUUUUUUGUCUUCAUCACCCCCUUUCUGACCAAGAGUGGGAACAGCAUCAUGGUGGAGGUGGCCACUGGGCCCUUGAACUCAUCCACUCACGAGAAGCUGCCCAUGGUGCUGAAGGUGCCCAGGCUGAACACCUCACCACUGUCCCUGUGUGACCGACCCUUCUCCCUCCUGGGCUUUGGAGACAUCUUGGUGCCAGGGCUGCUGGUGGCUUACUGCCACAGGUUCGACAUCCAGGUGCAGUCUUCCAGGAUCUACUUCGUGGCCUGUACCAUUGCCUACGGCCUGGGUCUCCUGGUGACAUUCGUGGCGCUUGUCCUCAUGCAGCGUGGCCAGCCCGCACUGCUCUACCUGGUCCCCUGCACAUUGAUGACCAGCUGCACCGUGGCACUGUGGCGCCGGGAACUGGGUGCCUUCUGGACAGGCAGCGGCUUUGCGAAGGAUGUACCUCAGACCUCAUGGACUCCAGCACCUCCCACGGACUCAGAUGCCCCCCUCUCCCAGCAGCCUGCAGGUGAAGAUCUAGCCAAGAGACCCCUGCCCACUGAGGAGGCAGCCCUGCCUGAGGAGGCAGGAGUUGCAGACUCUGCCGGGGAUCACCAUAGCCCCAUGGCUAGUACUUCCAGCCCCACAAAUGGGGACCAGGUCCAGGCCAGCUCUGUGGUGCAGCCAGGGACUUCGGCCUAGGAAGAGGAGGCGCACGAGCUGGGCCCUUGUAGCCUUCCAUGCCAUACAGAUGCAGGCCACUGGGGACGUGCAGGGAACAGACAGCUGCCAUCCUCCUGGGCGGCAGACCUGCACUGUGCCCUCCCUAACAUGGUGCUCAGCCCUCUUGAGGCCUCGUGCUUGUCUUCCUACCACAGCUGCGCCAGGCGCCCAGCUCUGCUUCUCACCAGGCUGUGAGCUUUGCCUGCCCCCCUCUCCAUGCAAGGCUGGGCCUCUGGUGCUUCGCCAGCACUCACCCUGCGGCCAGCCGGCUGCGCCUUCCACAGGGCAGGGCUCUGUGGGGCAGGAGCGACAUCCUUGUCACACAGGUUCCUGUAUUGGGAGCAGCAUGAGGCCUAGAUGUAGACACCCCAAGGGCCUGGGUCAGCACGAGGAGUCCACACGCCAUCGGGAGGUCCGUGCCGAGAUGGAGUUGAGAAUGCUGCUCGUUGCUCCAAGCAGUAAAUGGCUCCUGCCCCAGGUUCUGCAGUUUGUGGCAUAGUGGGGCCCGGCCAGGCCCAGAUGGUCCACAUCCCCAGCAAAUAGCCCCAGCUCAGGCCUGCAAGUCUUCCAUGCCACGGCCCCUGCCCCGACAGUGGCUUCUGGACCAGGCAUUUGUCCUCUACCUCACAAGCCAGGCUCUGGACUCCACCACAGUCUGCCUGCAGGGAGUGACCGUCUGUGACCCCACCACGGUCUGCCUGCAGGGAGUGACCGCAUAUGACCCUACCACGGUCCGCCUGCAGGGAGUGACCGCACAUGAUCCCACCACGGUCUGCCGACCGCACAUGACCCCACCACGGUCUGCCUGCAGGGAGUGACCACACGUGCUGCAUGUCGCGAUGGAGCCUGGAACCUGUGUCCACUCACUUGCAUGGAAAGGGUGACAGGCAGCAGUACCUGGGCAGUCCUCCUGGAGCUUUGGGGAGGGACAGAGGAAGGGAGGGACCGAAAGAGGGAGGGAGGAAGACUCUCCCAAGGCACCCCUGUCCUACCAGAGUGCACAGAGACAUGAACAUGGGGGCCCAGCCACCUGCUUCUGCCACUUGGACUACGCCUUAACUUAAGCCAUUUUGUACUGGGUUUCCAAACAGUUCUUCCGUCUCUGAGUUGGUUAGAGGGACUUUGGGCAGUGCUACCUGAGGGCCCUGACUUUAGAUUGUCAGGGGAUUAAACAGCUUUUCAUACUCACCUUGGCCUCCUAUUCUGCGAGGUCUAACCUGGACACUUGAGUGCCCUGCUUUAGAUUCCCGAGUAGCAUUGGGUCCUGAUGGGCGUGGGAUGGCCAGAACCCAUGGUCCAAUUCUCCUCACUCCUUGUGCCCAUGAUGCCCUGGUUCCCUUUUCAAGAAGGGCGUGCCUUAGCUGUGUGGGAACCAGAUGUGUGUGGUCCCCAACCUUCUAGUGAGCUGCCCUGCCCAGCUGCACAGUCCUAGCAGUUCUGGGCGGGCAGCAGAGGCAGGAGCAUCAGGAGUUCAGGGCCAGCCUCGCCUGUCUGUCAUGUUCCAGUCCAGCCAGGGUAUUAGAGUUAGAGCUUGUCUUAAAAAAGAAAAAAAUACACAGAAAGAAGGACACAGUCCCAGAGGCUGGAGUUAGGAGUCCUCCCAGCUCUUCCUGGGGGUCUGGGUGGGUCGCUAGCACACAUGUGGCUCAGCCUGGCCUGAAAGCAGUUCUGGAGGAACCUGCACACGGACAUGCACACACAAUUUAAAUAUUAAAUUUAUUCAUUCAA